AAUAAUUGAGAGGUGUGGUGCAAAUUGAUUGGUUCAACCUUUUAUGGUAAUGAAGUUGUUGGGUACAGGGUACAAAAUCUCAAAAAAAAAACUUGAAACUUGUAGUAGCAAAGAAGCGCAAAACCAGAUGAAAACCAUUUUAGCAAAGGAGACAAACUAAAACCACCUUUCUGCAAAACCACCAUUCUUGAAAACCACUUAUAAGUACACGGAUCCUUAUCGUACGCUUGUUGAUUUCUUUUAACGUACGCCCGCAGCCAGAACUGGCAAAUUUAGUCAUUGAAAAUAGAAGCUAUGGUACUCUUUUUUUCUAUUUCUGUUUAGGGUUCUACAAUAUUGAGAAGUUUAGAGUAUUAUUAGGGCUCUUUUUUUUUUGGUGACCCGAGCCGUAGCUCAGGAUUACUGUCAAAUUCCGGAAUGUGAACUGUCUGCAAGUUUUUUAGUUCUGUUUUAUGUUUAGAUUUGAUUUUUUGGGUUAGAUUUGUGAAUAUUUUGGUUUAAAGAAGUGGGGUUUGGUUGUUUUUAUGUUGUUGGGUUUGAUUUUUCUUGAAGUUGGAAGUUUUUAGUUUAGGGUUUCUUUUUGGAUUUUCAUGCAAAACAAAAGAAACCCAUAUUUGUAGUGUUUUUUCUCUGUAGAAGUUAGAUUUUAGGUUUUUUUUUUGGUGAUUUGUAUUGUUUUUCAAGAAUCAAAUAUGGCAAAUCGGUGGUGGACUGGAAAUGUUGCCAUGAGAGGGGUUGAUUCGAUAACUUCAUCUUCAUCACUUCAUUUAAGAGAGCAAAAUUUUGCCGACGGGAACAUAAGUAGCCCUAAAACCACCACCGCCACCACCGCCUCCGCCACUGCCAUCACUACACCUACUCCAAACCAAAUUCAAAUCCGAAACCAAGAUGAACAAGAUCAAGAUAGCAGAGAUAAUAAUCAAGAAUCAGAUGAUCAGAAUUUAGCUGUUGAAACGGUGGAACCAGGUAGCGGUGGAUCAUCUCGCCGCCCUAGAGGUAGACCUCCUGGUUCAAAAAAUAAACCUAAACCACCCGUAGUUGUCACUAAAGAAAGCCCCAACACUCUUCGCAGCCAUGUACUCGAAAUCAACUCCGGAGCUGACAUAGUAGAAAGUAUUUCCGCUUUUGCUCAGCGCCGCCACCGCGGCGUUUCAAUUUUAAGCGGAAGCGGGAUAGUGAAUAAUGUUACUCUCAGGCAACCGGCAGCACCCGGCGGAGUAAUCACGCUUCAUGGAAGAUUCGAGAUUUUAUCACUCUCGGGUUCAUUUCUUCCCGCGCCGUCGCCUCCGGGAGCCACAGCAUUGACGGUGUAUUUGGCCGGUGGACAGGGUCAGGUGGUCGGAGGUACAGUGAUGGGUCAGCUGAUGUCGGCGGGACCAGUAAUGGUAAUAGCGGCGACAUUUAGUAACGCUACAUUUGAGAGAUUACCGGUAGAGGAACAAGAGCAGUUGCAGGAAGGUGUGCAGCAAGUGACUUCAGGGACUAAUAACAGCAACGCUGGUGAUGGCGGCGGAGGAGGUGGCGGUGUCAGUAGCGGCGGUGAUGGUAAUACGACGGGGUCUCAGUCCUCUCAGGCUAUGGCGGAGCAUGGCUCGGUUCCGGUCUAUAAUUUGCCUCCUAAUUUGCUACCCAAUGGGCAAAUGCCACAUGAUGUGUUCUGGGGCCCACCUCCUCGUCCACCGCCCUCUUUCUGAUCAUAUUAUGAGAAAUAGGUAAUGAUGUUAGAUUUUUGAUUUAGCUGACUGAUCUGCAAAAAAGAAAGUUAGGGGUGUUUUCAGGUAAACAUAGCAAAGUUAAGGUAGGAGCUUUUUGGUUGGGUUUGAUAAUUUUAGUGAAAUUAGCUACCUUAAUUUAAUGCUUUAGGGUUUUGUUACGUGGUAAAAACUUAUUUGAAAAGUAGCAUUUUGAAGAACCACAUGUAAGUUGGUGCUAAUGGAAAUUUAUGGCAAGGUUAUUAUUGUUUCUUUUUA